ACAACUAAAUCAAUUCAGCCAUGGCCGACAUAUUAAAACCUAAAAAUACUAAUCCUCGUGGGAUACCGGAAGCCCCAUUCAUAGACAAGGUUGAGAAUGUGGUCAAGAAUCCCGACACUGAUUUCGACAUGAUUAUGCAAAUGUUUCAACAAAGACUUCAACAAUAUAAAUACAUGGAAUUAUCCAAGAAGCAACAGUUAGCUGACUUGAAUACCAAGAUUCCUGAUAUUGAGAAAAACUUGGAUGUCAUUAAACACAUUACUGAAACUAAGGAAGAAGGUGACGAGGAAUUGGAAACCAAUUAUGAAUUGAAUGAUACUUUGUAUACUAAAGCAACUAUUGAUGUUGAAAAGCUAGAAUCUGUGUAUUUAUGGCUUGGUGCCGAUGUCAUGCUUGAAUACCCCUUGGAUGAAGCUGUUCAAUUGUUAGAUGAACGUUUAGAAAAGAAUAAUGAACAAUUGAAAAUUGUCAAGGAAGACUUAGAGUUUUUGAAAGAGAAUAUAACAACCAUGGAAGUGAACACUGCAAGAUUGUACAACUGGGACGUUGAAAGAAGAAAGAAGUUAAAGUAGUUUAAUGCUGUAUAUUAAUUUUAUAACUCUAGGUUCUAAAAGUAUCAAGAAAUUGACUACCUAAUGGUCUAACCGGCGUUUCCGCUCUGAUCUGCCUCUCACGUUGUCUCUCUUCGUCCAAAACUUCAUCAUUUUCUUCAGGUUCUUCAUUAUUGUCGAAUUGGUCACGAGAGGUUUCUUCCUGAACUGGUGGAACUUCUGUAGAAAGUGAUUGGUAACUUCUUCUCCUUGUAAGCCUUCUUUGUGCUCCGCCGAUCCAAUUGUUAAUUCUUCUAAGGGGAUGAGCAAUGAAUUGAAAUAUUGGGUUUGGUAUAAACCAUGACUUCCCACCUGGCAAGAGAUCAUAUGUGUGCAACCUCCCUAAUAUCAACCCCACAGUACAAGGAACAAUCGAUUCAAACCCAUUGUUUAGUAUUAAAAGCGUGUAAAGAACAUGAACGGGGAACUUGUUGGUUAAAUUAAGUUCUUUGCUUGAUCCAGAUUCCUCAACCGGUUGACCUUCCUCAUUAGUUUCAGGUUCGGUCAAUAAGAUCUUAAAAUGAUACAUGAGUGGAAUAUAUGAUCCAUAACUGACGUAUAACGAAGAAAGCACUCCUAGUGGUCCUGGUAUGAUCUCAUUCAAGAUCGUGUCGGUAUAGUGUAUUUCAGAAGGAUCAUAGUGCAAGAUAGUGCUCUUGACAAAGUAAUUGGCAUAAUACCAAAGCAAUUGUCCUAUACUCAUUAACAAAAGACACGCCACAGCAUUAUAGACGGCAAAUAAUACUAUGAUCGAUAAAUACUUUCUUGAUCCGUAGAAUCUUUCCAAUACUUUGAAUUGAAACCACAAUAAUAUCGUUAAUAAGAAAUCGGAUUCAUUGACUACUGCAAGUUGAUAUGUUAAUAUUCGCCAGAAUUGGGAAUAUUCAAUUAUGUACGGAUCUAUGGAUAACUUCACGUAAUGUUUCCACUGUAGUAUUGAAAGGGAUAAUGCUAGGAAUGUUGAUAGUAUGCAUAUUGUUCUGGUUAUAGGGGUGUUUACAAACCCAGAAAUAGGUGUUAGCUGUGCCAUGGAAAUGAUUGAUUGGUGAUAUCAACGGU